UUGCAACCUCUUGCAAUGAUUAAUCCUGACAACAUCAGCCGGAGAUGCUCGAGAAGAUUGGCAGGAUGUUGCUUUAAAACCACCUCAGGGCAAGAGACGAGUUGCAUCUGUUACUGUUGCCUACAUCUGUCCUGGUGCAAGAAGAACAAGCGAAACAUGACCGAAACCAGGAUUCAUCGCGCCGACAAGCAGCAGAACGGAGACGCCAUGGCGGAAACGUCGACCGUGGACGAUGUUUUUGACGACACCUACAGAGAAAAAGAGGGGAAGAAGCCGCCCAGGAUCCUGGUGUGGAGAAACAUCAUCCUGAUGGGUUUGCUGCAUAUCGGAGCGCUUUAUGGACUGGUUCUAAUCCCUUCCGCAUCGUGGUUAACUCUUGGAUGGACUGCUGUGUGCUACAUGAUAAGUGCUCUUGGUGUGACUGCUGGUGCACACAGAUUGUGGAGCCAUAGGUCCUAUAAGGCUUCUGUUCCCCUGCGAGUCUUCCUCGCUCUUGGCAACUCCAUGGCAUUUCAGAAUGACAUAUAUGAGUGGGCCAGGGACCACCGUGUCCACCACAAGUACUCAGAGACAGACGCAGACCCUCACAACGCCAAGCGGGGUUUCUUCUUCUCCCACAUCGGUUGGCUGCUGGUUCGCAAACAUCCCGAUGUCAUCGAAAAGGGACAGAAACUGGAGCUGGGAGACCUGAGGGCGGACAGAGUGGUGAUGUUCCAGAGAAGGAACUACAAGCUGUCUGUCGUGCUGCUCUGCUUCCUUGUCCCCACGUUGGUGCCCUGGUACUUCUGGGGCGAAUCCUUGGCUGUGGCUUAUUUUGUUCCUGGACUUCUGAGAUACACUGUGGUGCUCAACGCAAGCUGGCUGGUGAACAGCGCUGCACACAUGUGGGGCAACAGACCAUAUGACAAGACCAUAAAUCCAAGGGAAAAUCCACUUGUGGCCAUUAGUGCCAUAGGCGAGGGCUUCCACAACUACCACCACACAUUUCCCUUCGACUACGCUACAAGUGAGUUCGGCUGCAAGAUCAACAUCACCACCGCCUUCAUCAACCUCAUGUGCGUCUUGGGUCUGGCCAACGACCGCAAGAGGGUUUCCAGAGACACGAUCGCCGCUCGCAUUCAGCGAACAGGUGACAGCAGCUACAAAAGUGGCUGAGUACCGGGGUGAAGCCGCACUACAAACUCCCAGAGUGAGCCGACACGACGGACCGAGACAGAACGUAGCAACAAGUGCAGCAGCAAUUUCGCUGGUGUGAUGGCGAUUACCAUGCUUCUUUGUGAGACUAAUAUCGGCUUCAAAGAGCUGUUUCCGUUAAAAGUUGUGAACCUCUUUUAAGUUUUGAAGUGUCUUCACCAAGUGUUUUUUGCAACUAGUAGAGAUUUAGUAGAGACAUGUGCAAAACAGCUUUUUCAUUAUAAUAUUAAAGUGUCAUUAAGAGAAUGGAUGUAUUAUUAUUUUGUUUUUGGACCAGAUGAAAAACAAUAUAAACAAAAAUAUAUAAAUAUAAAAUGUGUGUAAGUUAUGUCUAUAGGCAGUAAUUAAUUACAGAAUGAUUUUCUGCACAUUAUAUUUCUACAUUUACUUGCUGGUUAUUAAUUGUCUUUGGCACUUUGGAAGCUUUAUUAAAACCUUUAUGGUUUCUCUGCAAGCAAGAGUGAAGUCACUUUGCUUUAAGUCAGUGGUGCUUUGGUGCGCCCGAGAAGAUGUGGAUUUUUAGCCUGUUUUUUUCCCCCCGCUUAGUUUUAAUUUGCUUUCGGUGAUUUAAUCUGACUAACCAAUAGGCUGACAUGUUAAAAAUUAAAGUCAGCUCAGCCAGGCCUCCAUUUGGCUGUUUUUUACUGUGGCCACAGAAGAAGACCGCUCCAAAGUACCAUGUGGGGAUGCUUUGACAUCCAUAGUGUCAAUUUUUCUUCUCAUUAAGGAAUACGUUAGCUGACGUGACUCAUUUUUGCUCUCAGUUAAAUAAAAAGCCACAUCAGACUACAUAUUUAACUCUCCCCUGAGAAGUGGACCUUUCUCUUACAUUACCAGAAAAUACUCUUUCAGUUAUUAAUGUUCUCCAUCUCAGUCAGAUAUUCCAAUGAGACAUGGAUGAGAUGAUUUAUUCUUUUUCUCAUAUGUUAGAGUAUGGAAAUGUUUGGCCCAAAUGCCUUAUGAAAGUUGUGCACCUCCUUAAAGCUCAUAGUGAAUUAUACAAAUAAAGCAGGACUAAUUAUUAA